UGCGCUUCACAGUUUGACUCGCACUUUCAUGCGAGCAGAUGUCAUUGAGAAAUUGCUCACAAACAGUCGACUCGAAAAAGGAUAUCGUUUACUUAUUAGGGCUCUACUGACAAUACAGCUGCUGUAUUAAGCAGGGGAGAUGGAGGUGUCCGAAGGGUGUCUUCAAUGACAGAUUAGCCCUGUUGGCCUGUGGUUUGGUGAGAAGCUGAGUGGACAGGAAGAUGGAGCAGGCUCAUAGUUUACUCUUGAACGAGGAGGCCUGCAGUCAGCUAAGGGAGCCCCAGAGGGCUGAAUUCGUCUUCGAGUGGCUGCGUUUCCUUAAGAAACUGCUGCCCGUCACAGACAGGGCUGAUGUGAAACAGAAACAGAAGCGCCUGGUGGAGCAGCUGACAACGGUACUAACAAGUUCUCCGGGCCCUCCGACGCGUUGGCUGCUGGCACAUUGUCUGGCGCUGGUGCACCGAGUGGGCGACUCACUCACGUCCAGCCUCACCGUGGACCGCUGCAAUGACAUCAUUCGCAGCAAAGAUGACUCUCCUAGCUUCUUGCCUACACGACUGGCAGCCGUGGCCUGUUUGGGUGUGUUAUAUGAGCAACUGGGGCGACUCCUCAUCAACUCAUUUAAAGAGACGGUGACAAACCUUCUGAAAGCCGUGAAGAGUGCGGAGUCUCAGGGCCGUUGUGAGAUCAUGUUGUGUAUUGAGAAGAUCCUGAAGGGUUUAGGCAUAAGUGCCGUGUCCUGUCACAGAGACAUCUAUAAAGCCGCCCGCACCUGCCUCACUGAUCGCUCGAUGGCAGUGCGAUGUGCUGCUGCAAAGUGUCUCCUUGAGCUCCAGAGAGAGGCCGUCUUCCUUUGGUCCACAGAACUGGAGAACGUGGCCACUCUUUGUUUCCGAGCCUUCGAGGGCUCGAACUACGAUGUCAGAGUUGCCGUCUCAAAACUGCUUGGCACUUUGCUGGCGUCGGCACUGGAGCCCAGACAGGCCAUAGCUCCGAGGCCGGGCUCCAAGCGUAACUCCCUGGAGGAGGUGAUGGAGCUGCUGAGUACUGGUUUCCUGCGGGGAGGAGCCGGCUUCCUGCGGGCCGGCGGAGACAUGCUGAAACGCACCAGCUCUGUCAGCAGGGCCGUGCGCGUUGGCAUCACACAGACGUGUGUGGUGUUUGUGUCCAUUCUGGGUGGCACGUGGCUGGAGACGCACUUCUCCUCUUUUCUCGCUCUUCUCAUGGAGUGGGUGUCACACUCUCGCGCAACUCAGUGCCCGGCUGACGCUGUCUCCAGCCGCCGCUGCGUCUCCUUCAUACUGCGGGCCACCCUCGGCACUUUAUUGGGGGAGAAGGCCCAGAUCGCAGCCGCCAAGGAGAUCUGCCAAACCAUCAGCAAACAAAAGAGGAUUGUGGAUGCGGCUCUGCACGAGGGCAACACGGAGACACGUGUGAGCCCUGUGGAUGUAGCGGCUAGUCAGCAUGUGCUGGUGUGUGCCCUGCUGGAGCUGGGCAGUCUUCUGCAGGACCUGAGCUCGACUGCCGCUCCACUGCUGCAGGACACCAGCAUAGGAAUGAUAGACACGGUCAUCUCUGUUCUUCUACACCCCAACGCGUCUGCCCGUCUGGCUGCCGCCUGGUGCCUGCGGUGUGUUGCCGUGGCGAUGCCUGCUCAGGUGGCAGUGUUGCUAGACCGCUGUGCAGAGAGGCUAAAUGCCAUGAAGUCGUGCCCUGAGGCCGUGGCCGGGUACAGUGCUGCCAUUGCAGCUCUGCUGGGAGCCUCGCAGCUCUGUUCGCUUGGAAUACCACACUCUAAGAGCAAGGUGGUGAUGACCCUGGCUGAAGAUCUCCUGCGCUCGGCAGCCCAGAAUAGCAGAAUCUCCAUCCAGCGAACUCAGGCUGGCUGCCUGCUGCUUAGUGCCCUGUCCACACUUGGGCCCACUGUAGUGGAGCAUCACCUACCUCGGAUGCUGUUGCUAUGGAAAUGUGCCUUCCCGCUGUCAGUGAGGGAUGUGGAGAGCGAGCUGCGGCGUGGAGACUUUUUCACCUGGCAGGUGACCCUGGAGGGCCGAUCAGGAGCACUGUGUGCAAUGAAGAGUUUUGUGGUGCACUGCAAAGAUCUUCUUACUGAUGAUGUCAUCAGUCGACUGCUUCCACUCGUGUCUUGUGCAGUGGCUCUGCUUAAUCAGCUCCCGUCUCUCGCCAAAUCCUACGGAAACCAGAUCAAAAGUGCUGCCAAUGUGUUCAGAUUAAGAGUUUAUGAGAUCCUUACAUUGCUACAACCUCAAACAUAUGAAGAGUGCUUUGGCACUGUGUUAAAGCAGCUGCUGAGCGAUCUGACCGGGCCAGAAAACACAGCAUGUUCUGAGUUAAACCUGCUGCCCCCAUUGUGCUACAGCCAAGACCUGGCACUGUUGGACCUGGGACUGCAGGAUAUAGACCAGCACUACAUAGAGGAGCAGGUUCAAGGAGGUGGGUCAGGAGGUGGGACGUUAGAGUAUGACCCUUUCACCAUCUUUCAGAAGGCUAAAGAUGUCCCUGCCCCCCUCCCUACAGCCUCGGCUCUUACUGUUGCAGCUGUCCAGCUGUUUGGGGUGAUUUUCCCCCACCUGGGCAUCCAGCGGAGGGCUCAGAUUAUGGAGCAGUUCUGUGAGUUUGUGAGACAGCUUAAAGGAGUCAGACAGCAGACAGUUCAGAUCCAUGUCACUGCUGCUUUCUGCUGCACAUUGAAGUGUUUAGCUUCAAGUCGGAUGGAACUGGGUCCAGAAGAGGUACAAAGACCCGCCCUGUCUCUCCUGGUGGGGGCGCUAGAGGGCUCAAACCCACUGUUGCGCUGCAUGGCUGCAGAGGGGUUAGCUAGAUUGGUGAAGGUUCUUAAUGACCCCAGCUUCACGGUUUCUCUCACGUUCAUGAGUUUUGACAAACUGAAGACGGCAAGGGACGCCAUCACACGCACAGGUCACACUUUGGCACUCUGUACUGUGUACCGUUACAUGGGCGGCAUUAAUUCAUCCCAGUAUCUCAGUGCCUGUGUUGGGGUCCUUUUCACCCUGUCCCAAGACAGCACCUCACCUGAAGUCCAGAUGUGGGCUCUCCACGCUCUAUCCAUGGUGGUGGAUCUAGCGGGACCUCUGUAUCACAGUCAUCUGGAGGCCAGCUUUACUCUUGUGCUAAGAUUACUCCUCUCAACUCCACACACACAUGUGGAGGUGCAGCAAAGCCUGGGGCGCUGCCUUAAUGCACUCAUCACCUCCAUGGGUCCUGAUCUGCAAGGUGAUGGUGCAGGUGUAUCCUCAGUGAGGACCUCAUGCUUGGUGGGUUGUGCUGUGAUGCAGGACAGUCCAGACUGUCUGGUUCAAGCCCAGGCCAUCGCCUGCCUCCAGCAGCUGCACAUGUUUGCUCCACGCUUCGUCAACCUGGCCAACCUCGUGCCCAGCCUCUGUGAGAUCUUAUUGGAUCAUUCGGUGUUGAUAAACCUGUGCAGCUCGUACCUGUCCCUGCGGCGGGCGGUGGUGGCCUGCCUGAGGCAGCUGGCUCAGAGGGAGGCUGUGGAGGUAUCUGAGCACGCUGUAGCAUUGGUUAAAGAGCUGCCUCGCAGAGACAACACACAGCUGGAUGUCACUAUUAAGGAGGUGGGUUUGGAUGGAGCUCUGUUCAGUUUGCUGGACCGAGAGUCCGACCCGCAGUUGUGCCGAGACAUUCAGGAGACGCUCGUCCACACGAUGAGCUCGGCUGCCGAGGGCAAGCUAGCCCACUGGCUUAAACUUUGCAAAGACGUGCUGUCAGCUUCUGCAGACUCAACUGCAGCCGCUUCUGUUGAGACGCAGCAGGAGGAGGAUGGAGAUCGAUAUGAUGACUCCUCUGCAUUCCACGCUAAGCCUGAAUCUAGUGGCCCCUUCAACAACCUACGCUGGUCCACUCGUGUGUUUUCCAUGGAGUGUGUGUGUCGUAUAAUCGCGCAGUGUGAGCACGGAGACCCGGCUCACUUUAACAUGGCGCUGGCUCAGGAACAGCGUUUACAUGAGUCUGCAGAUUUCCUUGUUCUUCACCUGGCGGACCUCAUACGUAUGGCUUUCAUGGCAGCUACAGACCACAGCGAUCAGCUCCGACUGGCCGGUUUACAAACACUGUUGGUCAUUAUCCGUAAAUUCUCCACCGUGCCAGAGCCGGAGUUCCCUGGGCAUGUCAUUUUGGAACAGUAUCAAGCCAAUGUUGGAGCUGCGCUCAGACCUGCUUUCAGUGUGGACGCCCCUCCAGAUGUCACUGCCAAAGCCUGCCAGGUUUGCAGUGCUUGGAUUGCCAGCGGGGUCAUCAGUGACCUGCGUGACCUGAGGAGGGUGCAUCAGCUUCUGGCCUCUUCUCUAACCAAGGUUCAGAUGGGGAAGGACGUUCCCAGUCAUCUUUACAACGAAAGCUCAUUCACCAUGGAGUCGCUUGCUGUUCUCAAAGCCUGGGCGGAGGUGUACAUCACAGCGGUACAGAGCUCCGGGCAGAAGGAGAGCCCAGGCACCCAUCCACAACAGCAAAGCGAGGAGGCCGGGGCUGCGGGUCCAACAGGAGCUGGUCUGCUCAAACUGGUCCAGGCAGAUCUGGCAACCCUGAGUCGCCUGUGGCUGGCUGCCCUACAGGACCUCGCCCUGCUCACCCUGCCCCCACAAUACUCCAAUCAACUUCCUUCCACAGGUGGAUCGUUUUAUACCGCAGAGACAGUGGAACAGGCCCGUCCACAUUACAGCAGCGCCUGGGCCACCAUUCUCCACGCUACAGCUCUAUGGCUCAACAGCACCGGAUUCAUCAUGGUGGACGAGGGGCCCGCCAACCUCUCCCGGCCGGUCACCCCAACCUCUAUGGGCCAGUCCACCUCAUUGAGCAGUGUCAAAUCUCCAGAGGACAUCAACACUGAUCGCCUCCACCUUAUCCUGGGAAUCAGUGUGGAGUUUUUGUGUUCGCCUCACUCUGGAGACCAAAUGGAAGACAUCAAUUCAUGUCUUCAGGCUCUGCAGGCCUUAUUGGAGGUUCCUUGGCCUCGUUCGAAAGUGGGCAAUGAUCAGGCUUUGAGCGUGGAGCUGCUCAGCGUACUGCACAGGCUCUUAGUCACUCGGGAAUCUCCCAGCAUUCAGCUGGCAGUGCUGGAACUGGUGCGCCAAGUUGUUUGCGCCGCUCAGGAGCACGUCAAAGAGAAACGCCACAGCGCAGAGGUGGAUGAUGGUGCUGCAGAGAAGGAAACCGUUCCUGAGUUUGGUGAGGGACGGGACACUGGCGGUCUGGUGCCGGGCAAGUCUCUCGUGUUUGGAGCUCUGGAGCUGUGUUUUUGCACUCUGGUCCGGAAGCUUCCGCAGCUCAGUCCCAAGUUGGCUGGGACUGCCACGGGGUGGGGGGGACAGACCUGUUCCCUCAGCAACACCGACUGUAGACUCGUCACAUCUGCUUUGGCUAUUCUCUCAGAACUGCCUUCCAUCUGUUCACCAGAGGGCAGUGUGUCAGUGCUGCCCACAGUACUCUAUCUGCUGCUUGGAGUGACAAGAGAGGUGGUGAAGGUUUCUGUCGGAGCCGAGAGUGGACAGCUGGUGCCAGGCGUCCUGCAGGCUUUGCGCACAGUUCUCACCUCUCCCAUGAGCAGAGCUGAAAAGAGUCGUGGGGCUUGGACUGAUCUGCUACGCUGUGCGCUCCAUACACUCUUGGAGUUUUGGAGUGAAGAUGAAAUGGAGCCUGGUGUGGAUGAGGUUACCAUGUUGACAGCCCUCACCAUCUUCGAGCUGUACGCUAGUGCAGAUGUUACGACUGCAGAGCCACUGCAGACACGCUGUAUCCAGAUUUUCAGAGCCAGUCUGGAGUCUAAGGACCCUGUGGUGCUGAGCAGAAGUUAUCAGUUGCUGGCGUCUUUAUUUCAAGACCCUUCGGCAGUUGCCAGGCCAUUUAUUUUGGCUCUGGGCAGUCGUCUGCUGUCACAGCUGGAGGGAGUUGAAAAGAGUCGUCCUCAAAGCCCAGCAGAGCUACAAGCAGUGCAGGACGGAAUUCGAGCCCUGGAAGCACUUGUGUUUGCCGCCGAUGAAACCCACCGUCCUCAGCUGGUAGCUGUGCUUCUGCCCCUCCUCAUAUCUCUGCUGCUAGAUGAGAAUGCUUUGGCCUCAGCUCCUGCAGCUUCUCGCUUGCUGCACGAAUCCGCCUUGAGAGACCUCAUGCGUAUCGGACCCCAGCACUCGGCUGUCUUCAAAUCGCUGAUGGCCUCCGCUCCGCACAUGAAGGCCAGGCUUGAGGCGGCUGUCAAGGGGAACCAGGAAAGCAUAAACACUAAGACACCAGCGCAUCAAGUCAUUCACAAAAACACGCCUAGCAUUCAACUGAAGAUCAAUUUCCUGUGAAUCCAGCAUCUGUUGUUUCUCACAUGGAAUGUGCAUGCACACCAGUAUUAUGAUUAAUGUCAAGGUGUUGUUUUAAAGGUUUUAUAGUUAAAUCAGUUCAUUAAUUUUGUUGUUUAUUCAUUGUAAUGUUAGUUUAAACUGUAUUAACCUCUGUGAGGAACUUAAUACAUAUUUACUUCAAGAAGGUCAGAGGAAACAUGUUUUAAUGCUACGUGUCUCAUGGAAUUUUUUUAUUGUUUCUAUAAUUAUUAACAUUUUAGUUUGUUGGUUAUCUAUUUGAAACUACUGUACUUUAGAGGAAAUUCAUCAAACCUAGUUAUAGCAUGCAUUUUUCUGAGAUGUGUCAUUUUGUCUUUAUAAACAAAUGCAGUAAUCUGAUAAUUUCUUGCUGACAUGCUGCACUUUGCAACUAAACUCAGUGCAAGACCUGUUGAAUCACUGGGAAUUUAGUGAUCUUAUGACUAAACAGUUUUUUAACAUAUAUUUUUUAAUGUUAUACAUUAUGAUUAGGCAGGUAUGUUUAUUGUGAAUGUAUUUAUGAUGAUGUAAAAAGCAUUUCCAACAGGUACUACAUCAGGUCAAUACACUACUACUGCAACUUCAGUACAUUUCAAAAUAAUGCUUACAUGUAUGCCCGGUUUCACAGACGAGGCUUAAGACUAAUCCCAGACUGAAAUGAAAGUUUGAGCAGUCUUAACUGAAAAUAAAUUGCCCUGACAUAUCUUAAAAUAUGUCGUUGCCAUUGUUUUGGCUUUACCAAAGCCUUGUCUGUGAAACCAGGCCUUAGUGUUGUCAUUAUGCAUUUAAUGUUUUGUUUUGUCAUUUUUGCACUAAAAGUGAUCUAAGCAGAACAGAUGUUCCCUAAAGUGUAUUGGGCAUAUGGAACGCAAAAAGCAGUGAAAUAAUUACUGCUAUAACAGCACUAUGAGAAAUGCACAAUGCUCAAAGAUUACAUUAAUCCAUUCAUUUCACUAGAACCUAAAGACUUCUGUUGCUGCUUUCUGAUGCAUUCGGUGAUGAUUGGUUGCAUUUACAACUGUACCGUUAUUUUGUAUGUUGUAAAUUGUACAGAUUAAAAUUUAGGGCAAAAUUAAUGUUUAUUUUCUGAUCAUACUGAAACAAUAAGGUCUAGUUUUGCGUCAUGA